ACGGGAGAUGCGCGUCUUCCCUCCUAUCAAAACAGCAGCGUGUACUUUAAGAGAGUAGAGCUAGUCCUAUUUGUGGGCAAUAAACGGAGCUGAACACGAGCCAGCAGUUGAUUUUGACGACUGUCUGACGUUAAUUUGGGAUUAAAAUGGUCAUCAAGAUUUACAUCGCCUCCUCAACAGGCUCUAUCGCGAUAAAGAAGCAUCAGCAGGCAGUCGUGGGUUUCCUGGAGGCCAAUCGGAUUUGCUUCCAGGAAGUAGAUAUCACCAUGCUAGAGGAGCAGCGGCUCUGGAUGUACCGUAACAUCCCCCGGGACAGACAGCCGGAGAAAGGCAAUCCACUGCCACCACAGAUCUUCAAUGAGGAUCACUACUGUGGGGACUAUGAAGACUUUUUCCAGUCAAAGGAGAACAACACUGUGUUUGCAUUCCUCGGGCUCAGUUCCAAACCCUCAGUGAAAGAACAAGAUUUGCUGUCAGUCACGACUUCCUGAUCCCCAUGACUGGCUGCCCAAACACUGCAACAUCUUUCCACUUUGCUGGAUCAGCAUCUCUACUUUCUGCAAGCAGCCUCUAAAAUACUUAUACUCUAAUCACUUACUGUGACUUCAUGCACAUCCGCUUUUUUACAAACAUGAGUCCAACACCUCAAGAUCCAGUGACCUUGUCUCCUCCCAUCAAUCUGUAUCAUAGAUAUCAAAAUGUAUACUAGGUC